UCUUUUUCUUUUUCUCCCUCUCUCCGCACAGCCCGGUCUGCGCUGCUGCUGCUGCGCCCAGUAACUCAGCCCCUCAUCCGGCCCCGAAACAGCGCCAGCCCCGCUCUCGCAGCCCGGCUCCACAUGCAGCAUGGCGGGCAUAUUCGGGAAGAUCCUCAUCGGUAUUUACGUGGAGAUCAAGCGGAGCGACGGGCGAAUACACCAGGCUAUGGUCACCUCGCUUAAUGAAGAUAAUGAAAGUGUGACGGUGGAGUGGAUAGAGAAUGGAGACACCAAGGGGAAAGAGAUUGACUUGGAGAGCAUUUUUGCUCUAAAUACAGAUCUUGCACCGGAUGAGGAGAUCCCACAAAGUCCAGAAACUCCUCCUCCUGCCUUGUCCAGUUCUAUGAAAGUAAACAAGAUUCCCACCAAUAAGAAUCGUCGCACAGUAGCACCAACCAAGAAUGAAGCGCCUGCGAGGGACAACAGAGUUAUAGGUACGACGAGGGCCCGGCCCAGCCAGCAGCCAGAACCGGCUCCCCCCGCCCCGGCUCCUCCUCCCCCCAUCCAGCACCAGACCCUCCAGCAGCAGCAGAACGCUCGCAGGAAGUCGAACUGUGUGAAGGAGGUGGAGAAGCUGCAGGAGAAGCGGGAGAGGAGGCGCCUGCAGCAGCAGGAGCUCAGGGAGAAGAGAGCACAGGAGGUCGAUGCCACAACCCCAAAUUAUGAAAUUAUGUGUAUGAUCCGGGACUUCAGAGCCAGCCUCGACUACAGGCCACUGACAACAGCUGAUCUGAUUGAAGAGCACAGAAUAUGUGUGUGUGUCAGGGCACGACCUCUAAACAAAAAAGAGCUCUCCACCAAGGACCUGGACGUCAUCACCAUCCCCAGUAAAGACGUGGUGAUGGUGCACGAACCCAAACAGAAAGUGGAUUUAACCAGAUACUUAGAGAAUCAGACGUUUCGCUUCGAUUACGCUUUUGAUGACACCACCACAAACGAAAUGGUUUACAGGUUCACCGCUCGACCUCUGGUAGAGACCAUCUUUGAGAGGGGGAUGGCCACGUGCUUCGCUUAUGGACAAACAGGGAGCGGAAAAACACAUACGAUGGGUGGGGAUUUUUCAGGGAAAAAUCAAGACUGCUCUAAAGGAAUCUACGCAUUAGCAGCUCGAGACGUUUUUCUAAUGUUAAAGAAACCAAACUACAAGAAGUUAGACCUGCAGGUGUAUUCUACAUUCUUUGAAAUUUACAGCGGGAAGGUGUUUGAUCUGCUGAACAGGAAGGCGAAGCUGCGAGUUCUGGAGGACGGGAAGCAGCAGGUUCAGGUUGUGGGGCUGCAGGAGCGCGAGGUGAAGUGCACUGAGGACGUCCUCAAACUCAUAGAGAUGGGAAACAGCUGCAGGACAUCAGGACAGACGUCGGCGAACGCUCACUCCUCACGCAGCCACGCCGUGUUCCAGAUUAUUCUGCGGAGAAGAGGAAAGAUGCACGGAAAGUUCUCCCUGAUCGACCUCGCCGGCAACGAGAGAGGGGCCGACACGUCCAGCGCCGACCGCCAGACCCGCCUGGAGGGAGCCGAGAUCAAUAAGAGUUUACUGGCUCUGAAGGAGUGCAUCAGAGCGCUGGGCCGCAAUAAACCUCACACCCCCUUCAGAGCCAGUAAACUCACCCAGGUCCUGCGGGACUCCUUCAUCGGAGAGAACUCCAGAACCUGCAUGAUCGCCACUAUCUCUCCCGGCAUGGCUUCCUGUGAGAACACAUUAAACACUCUGAGAUACGCCAACAGAGUGAAGGAGUUUGGGAUCAGUCCCUCAGACAUCCCCUUCUCUCAGGGGGGCGGCGGCCGGGCCGAGCUGUCUCCCACCUUCGAGUACGAUGACUUUGCUUCCUCACCCAGCAGGGUGAAGGAGCUGACUGUAGACCCCAGUGUGAUGAUGGAUGGCAGAACAGGAGGGCACCAGAUGACCCAGCUGGACGUGUUGGAGGCGCAGUGGGGGGUGGGCAGCUCUCCUCAGAGGGACGACCUCAAACUCCUCUGUGAACAGAACGAGGAGGAGGUUUCUCCUCAGCUCUUCACCUUCCAUGAGGCGGUGUCUGCGCUGGUGGAGAUGGAGGAGCAGGUUCUGGAGGAUCACAGAGCCGUGUUUCAGGAGUCUAUACGCUGGCUGGAGGAUGAGAAAGUUCUGAUAGAGAUGACGGAGGAGGUGGAUUAUGAUGUGGAAUCGUACGCAACACAGCUGGAGCAGAUCCUGGAUCAGAAGAUCGAGGUGUUAACAGAACUCAGAGAUAAAGUGAAGUCGUUCAGAUCUGCUCUUCAGGAAGAGGAACAGGCGAGUAAGCAGAUCAACCCCAAGCGUCCGCGAGCGCUUUAAAAAACUCCCCCGUGCUCCUCAGCGCCACCUACCCUCUCAGCACUGUUCCUGCAGUACCGCCGAGAACACUGAAAACAGAAAACUGAGAAAAACACAGAAAAACUUCUUUUUUUUUUUAGCUUUUCACCCUCAAACUCCAUCUUACUCCAUUUAUAAAUACAUCAGUAACUCUGCGGUGGGUGUUGUGACGAUUCCUUUUUCUUUUUUUCUCAGUUUAAAGAGGGUUAAUAAGCACAUUUUGAAGCCUAAUUGUAUAGUAUCACACUAAAAGUACUUUUAUAAUACUCUACAAUUUAAAGGCUGCGUUAUCUAAGGGAAAUGAAUAGUAAAGAGACAUUUUAAAUGAUUGCAUGCACAUGCCAGCUCUGAUAGCACUCGCGCAUUCUCCUAGACCUAACAGUGUUCAUCCUAACGGUGCCGUCCAGCCUGUAAAUAAUAACAUCUCCAUUAGAAACAGCUGCUUUAUAACCCAUUUAUCCCGAUUCCUUCAUUUAUUAAAGAGGCAUUCAAUCAAAAUAAAGGGAGAAUGGUGUGAGAGUAGGGGAGAGGGGUGUAACGGUACAGAGGCUUCAGUAUUGGGUUCAGUUUGCAUCAUGAGAUUUGGUACAGUGAGUUCAGUACAGUAAUGGAAACACAAAAAAAAAAGAUGGGGAGGACAAGAAAGAAAGGAAGGAAGAAAGAAUAAAGAAAGAUGAAGGGGAGGAGAGAAUGGGAAUUAGGAAGAAGGAAGGAAUAAAAGGGAAAAAAUAAGGAAGAAACACUAAAUUCUGUGUUGGGUCUUUUUUAUUUAGUUUUGUAUGUUUAGUUGUUUCAUCUGUUAUUCCUGUGCUUUUAUACUGGUAUAGUUAAGAUUUGGACCUCACCGUUCGAGGUACAGGUAAAGAGGAUGAGAAAGAAAGGAAGGAAAGAAGAAUAAAAGAAGAUUAAGGGGAGGAGAGAACAGGGAGGUAAGGAGAUGGAAGGAAGAAAAAGGGGGAAGGGAGGAAAAGGGAAAAAACACUAAAUUCUGUGUUGGAUCUUUUUAUUUAGUUUUAUACGUUUAUUUUUUUGGCUAUUAUUCCUGUGCUCUCAUGCUGGAUAUGAUUAAGACUCUUUUUUCUCAUUAGCUUUGUCCUGUUUCUCUAUUUAUAAAAAAUAGUAUUUUUCAUUCAGUCGCUUUAAAUCUAAAAGAGAGAGAGAACAGUGAAAGAUAAAGAAUAAAGAAAGUUAAACAAGAAUGUAUGGCUCACAGCCUCUACACAGCCGCAGCAAGACAGAGAAAGAGGCAAGGGUUUGAAUGGAGGGGACAAACAAGACUACAGUUAUCAUUACUUGGUUAGCAUUACUCCUAAAUCACUACAGUUCCCACAGUACCAUGCAAAUCCAACUUCUUAACGUCCUGCUUUUGUGACCUGUGGUUUCUUUGUAUUCUCCAUGAAACUGUGUGCACCGAACUGUGACCCCUGUACCGUUACACCCCUAACAGACACGCUGUAAAAGAGGACAUGCAUGCUUUACGUUGAGGAACAUUCAGUAUUGAGCGCUUUAUGAACUCUACAGGCUUCAGUUUCUGUUUGAAUCGUUAAUGAGGGACAGAUGACUAGAAGAAUAAGACAGUGUGUGGCCUCCAAUAAGGGGGGUGUGGACAGGAAUUAAAAUCUUGUUUAAAAUUAAAAAUCACUUGAUAAAAUGGUUUAAACAGUGGAGCUCAGUCACAGAUGUGGAUAUUUCAUGAAGCAGAAGUUUCAGGUUGGAUCAGUAGAAACGUCCCUCCUCUAAAACUACUGGUUAAAGGGGCGUUAAAGCACAUAGUAACAUUAGCGGGAAGUUACUGGGGAGAGAACUAAGAUUAGCAUAGAGCUAGCUAACCUCAGCCCCGAGCUAACUAUAGUAACAGGGGAGAGAACUAAGGUUAGCAUAGAGCUAACUAACCUCAGCCACGAGCUAACUAACGUUAACAGGAGAGAACUAAGGUUAGCGCAGUUAACUUUGGUGGCGAGCUAGCUAACAUAACUAAUGUUAGCGGCAAGUUAACUAUGUUACCGGGGAGAGAACUAGAGUUAGCGAAGAGGUAGCAAAUAUAAGUUUUGAUUACAUCCAAUACAAUGAAUUAUUGUCUACUAAAGAAAUUAUGACUACAUUUUGGGCCUUGAAUUAUAUUUAUUGAGAUCUUAAAAAGUUCAUAAAAUGCAUUAAAUUUAACUUUUAAAAUGGAGCAAGAACCCUGUGACAAUACAAUAGAGCAUAUUUAGCCUAGCGAUGGCUAUAUUGGUCAUUCUGGGUGGAGUGCUUCUUUAAGAUUUCUGAUCCACUGAGAAAUGCUGCUUAGUGAAAUACCCACUUUUAAUUAAUCUGAAAUAGAUCCCCUUAAACUCUACGUUUCUGAUUCAGUUGAUUAAUUAAAAGUCUUAAAGCGGAAACUAUUGUAUAGCUGUUUCGCUUAUGCAUCAGAUCCUGUGGCGUCCCUCUGGGCUCCAUCCUAGGGCCUAUUAAACUAAUGUAAAUGAUGACAGUUAAGGAUUGUUUGUGGGCUUACAAGCUAAAAGUUUUUAGGGUUUAAGGGAUAAAGACUGAGCGUAACGCAUUAAAGGCAAAACCCAAUUAGUGUUUUAUUUAUUUGUUUUUUUUUUUGUUAAUGCUGAUGUUUCCUUCAUUUUGGAAGAGAAUUCCUGGAGUGAAGGAUCGGGCGUACCUGUAGAUAAAGUCGUAUCUGAGAUACGUAAUUCGAGGAAUCUGUGAAUUUGUGGAUGUUCUGAAAUCUGCGCCAUUGUACCUUUUAUUUUUUACUUGUACGCACCAUAUACACCAUGUUCCGUGUGUUCACCAUGUUUGUUUUGCUAAAUCUGUAUGUUUCCUGCUGUUAAUCUUCUGAAAAAAUAUAUAUAUAUGAAUUUCAUCUCAUUUUAAACCUGUUUUUAAAAAGACAAAAGAUUGAUCCAGAUCUUACUGCACUGAUCCCGGGACUAAACUAACUGCUGCAGUGUAAAACUUUAUGGUACUCUGUGUGUGUGUGUGUAUGAGUGUAUGUAUGAGUGUGUGUGUGAGCAAGGGUGUGUGUGUGUAUGUAUGUAUGUCCAUCUGACUUAUUGCUGGCGUAAAGAAUAAACACAUGAUGACCGGA